AAAGUGAAAAGCCCCCCCAGGCGCGGCGAGGAGUCAGAUGGACUUACGGACAAGUGACUCGAAGGCUAUUGAAGCGAGCGAACAAUAGGAAGCUAGGGCUGGAGCGACGAGUACUAUUGUUGUGAGAGUCUCUCUGGUCGCUAUUGUCCUUGUCGCAAAAUUUUGGCUAUGGGUGUUUUUUUGGUCAAUCAGCGCGGUCUCCAAGUCAACACUGAAACUGCUGUCGCGCAGGCGCAAACCCCACAUCGAGCUGCUUCAAUUGGAUUUUUUUUCGUGCAGCUUGUCACCGCCCGCCGCUUGGGGUCUGGGCACCCGCAUCUUCCCCACAUUUGCCUGCCGGAUAAGCACAGACUAGUCCCAUCUUGUGCUAGCUCCCGUAUCGCAAACUCUCGCUCCUCACUGGUCCAAACUCCAGGUACCUUUCGUUCAGUUGCUGGCCGGCAUCUCACGUGAGCUGCUGCCGGGGACCGGCCCCAAUUGGAAACUUUUUCGGGUGAUAGCGAUAGGGCGCAUCAGCUCGCAACGACGCUAUACCGAGUCCCUUGGGUAUCUCCAGCUGCCUCCCACAGCUCACCCUGCGCUUCCAAGAGUCGGGCCUGGUCCAUUGAACAAGAGGAGCCCCCAAAAAGUCGUCAAGAUGAGGUGCGAGCGUAGGAUAUUACGCUAUCAUUCCUUGAAGCGUGGCCGCGUAAGACAAACAUGGAACAAAUACAAUCUGUUCAACCUCUUCCGGAUGAGGGAUAGGAAGGGUAACUUUGGCACCUUCUUUCAGCAAAAAUGGCACGCCAAAGCUGCCACCCGUGCCUAUCACGGCGAGCAUAUCAAGGAGAAGCAGUGGGAGCGCAUGUUCAGCAGGAGGCUGCUCUCGGCCGUCAACAUGGACCCAGCAUACAUGGCCAAAUACGACGGUAGCGAGCAGGCAGCUGGUCGUGGUUCUGGACGUGACGUCAAGCCAGGGAGGUCCGAAAAGAAUGUCGCCCGCAACACUGGAAAUGCCGAGGGCAUGACACCCUAUAUGCAGAUGACCUUUGCUCCCCAAGAGCGUCGUCUCGAUAUUUCCGUUUUCCGAGCUCUGUUUGCCAGCAGUGCGAGGCAGGCCCGCCAGUUCGUUAUUCACGGUGCCGUCAAGGUGAACGGGAAGAAGAUGCAACAUCCCGGAUAUCUCCUAAACCCAGGUGAUCUCUUCCAGGUCGACCCGGAAAAAGUAAUGAUUGCCACCGGCCGCAAGAAGACCUCCAAGUCCGAGUCGUCCAGCACACCAAAGACACCCACAGCCGAAGAGGAUGCCGAGCCCGCCGAAGAAACCGCCGAAGCCGCUGAGCAGUCCGCCGAAGAGCUCAGCCCCGAACAACUCAAAGCUCAACAUCUCGACGGGUUGAAACAACUGCACCAGCAUGCCAGGAAGAUCAUCGAGGAGAACAAGGAUAAGCUCUCAGGCGGCCACAAGAAGGAGAUCCGUGAGCUCUCCAAGAAGAUCAAGGAGGCCAUGAACAGAGCCCGCAAAGUAGGCACCGAUGUUCAGGAAACCGGCGACGACAUGGAGAACCUGGCCUCCCUCAUGUCCGAACUGGAACUCACCCCCGCCGAGCGCGCAGAGCUUCGGCAACAGCAACAAGCGGAAGCCCCUGCCGCCGAGGCACCCACCAACCCCUCCACCCCCGACUACCCACAGCUCAGGACAAGAACGCCAGUACCAACAGCUCAAACCAAAUUCGACAUGGUCGAGUCCCAGAUUCUCAAGCGUCUGCUCGAGGAGGAGAAGAUCAACCCAUGGGACCCCUCCAAGCCAUAUGCCACCCCGUGGAGGCCCCGCCCCUACAUGUCCGCAUUUGCGUUCAUCCCCCGGUAUCUUGAGGUCAACCCCAAGAUCUGCGCCGCUGUCUACCUCCGUCAUCCGGUUGCUCGCCCGGGCAAGACUGAGAUUCCCACGCCAUUCAACAUGCACACCUCGCAGUUGGCUUUCAACUGGUACUUGAGGAGACGUUGAGCUAGUGGUAGAGGCGCAGGGCGAUGUGUGUAAUAUAUGUAGAAGGGAUGAUAUUACAGGAUAGGGAAAGACAAAAUAGGGGUUAUGCACAUGUUUGCUUGGGGUGGGUAAAAGGACUGGGAACCAAAAGGACAUGAUGUGUAUAGAGAUGCAUUUGGUUGGCUCAAGGGCGGAGUCAACAAGGGCGGAGGAGAGUACAGUUGUACGUGAUGUAUUCUAAAUGUACAAUAAAAACAACCAUCCGAUACCAAAACUCAUGAAGCCGUGCCCACACAUGGCUCAAACGUGGCUCCCCCCUCACAGGCAGUGAUAUC